AUUACGCACAAAUACCUAAACUUCAACCAAAAUAAUAUUUCGACAACCCAAAGUUAGACCAAGACGCUGUUUUUGUUAAGGAAAAAGUUGUGAUCACCGCCAUGUCCGAGACUCCCAGGACGCCAGCCACACCGGGAACUCCCGGUACACCUGGCAGCCUAGCUAUGGAGAUGGCCCGAGCCCAGAACACGGCGCUGGCGGAAUUCAAGAAGCCCACGGAUCUGGUGCGUCGCAAAAACAAGCCAAAGAUCCUUACCGAGGAAAAGUACAUCGAGGAGAUGUCGAAAAUCAUACAGCGUGACUUCUUUCCGGAUCUGGAAAAGUUGCGGGCCCAGAACGACUACCUAGAUGCCGAGUCGCGCAGGGAUUUCGUGCAAAUGUCGGAGAUACGAGAGCGCUACAGUCUGGGCAGGAUUCCCGGUAUGGGGAGCGCCAGGAGCGGCAGUAGGUUAAGGAACCAAAGGAACAAUGCCAUGUCACCCGCCACUUUUGAGACACCCGUAAGUAACAAUGGCAGCAACACGCCACUGCCUCCCUCCCGGGAACCAAACCGACCCAACUCUCCGUCCCCGUCCGAGAAAAGUUCCAUUGAAGGCGGUUCGAAAGAUAUCACCUCCAAGAUGUCUCUGGACGCCUUUCUGCAGAACUACACCAGCGAGGAUAAUAACAGUUUCCAGGAAAUCAUUGAAACGGCGGAGGCCAAGCUCCGCCAGAAGUAUUCUGUACUCUUUAAUCACGAGAAGAUGUCGGCGGAGCAACUGCAGCGGGCCCUGACGCUGCCCAGCAUCGAGAAACAGUUCGAAGGCGCUGAUCCGCUGAGGAAGAUCGAGACGUGGAAGUACACCAACAUGAAUUCCAUAAUGUACGUACCUGAUGGUGUUGAAUACACGGAGGAGGAGCGCGUCCAGGCGGCAGAACGCAGACAGAGCAUCCAGCACAAGGCCACUCGUUUGCCGGACGAGGCUCAGCAUCGCGACGGAGUGGAGAACAAGAGAGCUGAGGAUAACCCUCCAGGUGGGCCAAUAGAGGGCACAGCCACUCCCAGAAUCAGGGGCUUUGAUCUCCUGCGCUCUCCCUCACCCCGUCCUGGCGAAGCCUUCUCCCCCAUCAUGACCUGGGGCGAGAUAGACGGCACUCCGUUCCGUCUUGAUGGCGGAGACACGCCCAUGCGGCCCACCCAGGGACCCUCGUUCCGGAUAAACGAGACCUCGCGCCGCGAGAACAUAGCCCUGGCCCUGGCCGAGAAGGUCAGCGAGAAGAUGCGCAAUCAGAAGCAAAUGGCAUUGGAUACGGCCCGCAAGAACAUCGGCUCCCCCUUGAUUCGGUCCAGCAUGGAGCGUUUGGCCAGCAUGUCGCCGGCGGCCCAACGACUGGCCACCGGGAAGCUGGGACUGCGAGCCACGCCCGUUAUGUCGCACACCCCAUCUCCCAUUAGGUGUAAGAGGCGCAAGGUGACGCCGGGUGUCUCGAGGAGCAACACACCGCAGCAGAGACCAUCGCUGCAGCAGCUGGGAAGGAUCGGCACACCGUCCAAGAACACGCCCAUCGAUACGGGCUCGACCCUGACGGACGAUCUGCUGAAGAUACCCACCAAGAGACGCAGUGCAGCGUCCGAUUUCUUCUAGCACUUGCAGUUGUUAUCAUUUUUAGUUUUCCGCGAAUACUUCGAAAACCAAAUGCGUUGGAGAAUAUUAAAAAAAAAAAAGAAUGUUUCCCAGAAAA